CUUUACAAAGAACUAUUACGUUACGGAGAGCAAUUGAAAUUGACCGAUAAAAAUUUCUUUCGUCGACGCAUAAAGCAAGAAUUCAAAAACAAUAAAGGACUUGAAAUUGAAACCGAUCAUAUCUACAAGAAAGGUGUAACAUUGUUGUUAAACAGAUCUGUAAAAUAAUGGCCACAUCUAGAAUGAUAUUUCGCGUUCAAUUCUGUUUUUCAAGACUGACACACACAUUAGACUACUCGAAAAUACCUGUUCUCUUAGAUAAAGAUUUGGAAGAAAUGCAUGUUCGAGGUAGUGGUCCUGGGGGUCAAAAAAUUAAUAAAACGGCCAGUUGUGUCGUUUUGAAACAUAUCCCCUCAGGUAUCGUAGUUAAAUGUCAAGAAACAAGAUUUUUGGAAAAGAAUCGAAAAAUAGCAAGAGAAAUUCUGCAAAGAAAAUUAGAUAAUUUUGUUAAUAAAGAAGAGAGUUUAGAGGCUCAACUUGAAGCAAAAAAUGAAAAAAAAAAGUUGGACAAUAAUGGCUAUAAAAGACUGUGUGAUUUAAAAGUGAACGAGCUACGUCGGGAGUUAGAAGAUCGCGAGUUGGAAACGACAGCGAAGAAAGCAGAACUGGCAGAACGACUUAAAGAAGCGAUAGAAAAUGAAGGUUUGGAUUCGGAAAUGUGUCUAUUUUCUGAUGAUUCAUCUUCUGCUAUAAUUUCUUCCGAUAUGGAAAGUAAGAUCUAUUCCUUAAAAACCGAAAUGUCUUCUGAUAUGAACUCCAUGAAAACUGAUAUUUCCUCUAGCAUGUCUUCUUUAAAAACCGAAAUUUCAUUCGAUUUGGAAACUAAAAUAUCUUCCAUAGAAAAUAAAAUUUCUUCUGAUGUUUCUUCUAUAAAAACUGAUAUUUCCUGCUUAGAAACUAAAGUUUCUUCCGAUAUAUCCUCCUUGGAUGAUAAAGUUUCUUCUUUAGAAAGUAAAGUUUCGUCUGAUAUUUCUUCCUUAAAAGAAAAGAAAAUAUUGGCUUCUGUCAAAGAAAAAAUAAAAGAGAUGGAAAAGAAGAUAGAAGAACUGGAACAUUCAGAACUGGUCAAGGACGGUGAAAUAAAGUGCCAUGAGGUGGAGUCGAAGUUAAAAUUGGAAGGAGCUUUCGAGACAGCUGCGAGAGCAAAUGAAUGGUCUGAGAGAGAAAAGGCAGUGAAUCUGACAAUCGCCCUUCGAGGAGACGUUUUAGAUGUCCUUCAAAUUAUACCCAUGGAAGAGACAGAUAAUUUUGAGCAACUCAAAAAGAGACUGCGAUAUGGCCACGAACAUUUUGAGCAUCUAUACCAGUCACAGUUAAAGAAUCGCAAACAGAAACGAGACGAGACCCUUCAAGAAUAUGAAGUAGAUAUGGCCAGGUUGGUGCGAUUUGCCUACCCAUCAGCUCCGGAAAACAUGAUGGAAUGUUUAGCAGUCCAAACAUUUGUUGAUAGACUCCGUGACCACGAGAUGCAGAAAACACUUCGCUUAGCCCGCCACAAAACAUUAGUCGAUGUCUUGUCCGCUGCUUUAGAAUAUGAGGCAGCUACGCAGGCUUCUGGUGGAUACAGUAUAAAGUGA